AUCAAGCAAGUCUUUUAUUUUUAUUUUUAAAGGGAAGCUUUUUAUUAAGGUAAGUGACUAUAAUUUGGGGUAGACUUUUCUAAUAUUUUCUGUAGAUUUUACUGUUAAAUAUGAUGAAUAAUGUUAAUAUAUCACAUUUCUCCUGUCAUUGAAUAAGUGGGAUAUUUCAUGUUAUUAGUAUUGUAGCAAAAAGGUAGAAUUUUUAUAUUAGAAAUAUUAUAUACAAAUACAUUUGAAACCACCAAUUUCUGUAUGAUUAGUCUAUAUUGGUCCAUAGAAUUCUUCCAUUCUGAUGUAUUAGAUCACUUAGAAUGAUAUAAUAAAAUAUAGUCACUUUAAAUGUAAUUAUAUCACAAAAAAUAACCUCUGCUAAAUACAGCAACCCAAUUAUUUCUAAAGAAAAAAUAAUAAAUCGAAGCUUAAAUUAAAAAAAAAUGGUAAUAGCUGAUCAAUAUAUAUCUUUUUCUUAACUUAAUUUUAAAAACACGAAAAGAUUCAAGUAUGAUAUAUAUUUGAAAGCAUUAUGUGAUCAUCCUAUGGGUUUUUUAGAACUGAAUGUACUAUGUCAAAUUCACUUAUAUUACGGAGCAGAAUAUAAAUAGACAGGGAAUGCAGUUGAGGAUUUGGCUUUUUCCGAUUCCCACAGUAGGGUUUCUUGAAUAAUCAGAUUUUUAGGAUACUCAUGCUAUCUACACAUAUUUCAUCAUGGAUUUAUCUUAUUGAGGCAAAGAAGCAAUGUCUGUAAGACCUUUACUGCCGUAGACUUUUUGGACUGCAAGUUGGAAGUGACCAUCUGUUUGUUGCAUACAGAACAAUAUUGCUAAAUAUUAGAUAAUACAAUUAUGUAAACCUAAAAUAUAAUUUUAUAGACAUCUAUGCAAACAUAAUUAAAACAUAAAAUAAAAUAAAAAAUAUACAUUUAAAGUUUGUAAUGACCAGGAAGGUUAUCCAUUAGUCAGGAUCCUCUGAUUCUGAUGUAUGUGAUGUGAACGCAUACUAUGAAGCCCGGCUUAGCAGUUGUGGGGGUGAGCUGUACAAAACAUUGUCUUGAGUUCUCAUCCACACAUGGAUGUAGUUUCAUCUUGGGCUCUUAUUGAGUGCUGGAGUGGGAAGGUAUGGAAUGGCAUGCAAAUGCCAUAAACACUGGUUGGAUACAUAGUCAGAUGGACCAAAAAGGCUCAGAGGAAGGGAAUGUUGGAGAGGGGAGGUGGGUAAUGGUAUGCAAGCACCCAACCUGCAAAUGCCAUGUGCACCAUUUAGAUACAUAGUUGGAUUGACCAAAAGGUAACACUAAGACACUACAAAUGUUGUGAAUUACAUCUCCCAUAAUGCUCUUGCAGCUAUAAUUCUGGUAAAGCAUCAGGGGAGAUGUAGUCCAAAAUAUCUGGAGUGCUGAAAGUUGCCUAUCCCCGCAAUUGUCUGACUCUCAUGGUAGCUGUUCAAUCAAAGCUUGAAUGAAUGUUCCUACUCAAAGUUAGUGUUAUCAAAAUAAUUAGUAAUUUGCCAAUACAUAUAUAUGUUUUAAAAUACCCAAACAAUUUAAGGGAAAACUCUAGAGCCCAGGGGUUAGGCAGAAACUAAGUGCCAUAAAGAUACUUGGCCAACCUUGGCCAAAUCCACCAUACCUAAACUAAGAAAGAAGGACGGACCAAACCCUAUCUAGGGCCUUGUGGAAUCUUAAUUCUUCUGUGUACAUAGAUGGAUUUUGAAGCAUAACAUAUGUCUCCAUUAAUGUCAGAGUGUGUCUUAAGCAAAUGUGUGCAGGGACGCAAUGACAGACAACUUGCUUAUAUCAUACAUAUAAAAAAUAUGCAAAAAACAUUGGUUGUUGUGGGUCUAAAUGUAUGAUUUCAAGGCCAUAAAACAUUGUUUCACAUUAAUUUACUCAUAGAGGGACACGUGCCCUGUGUAAAUUACAGCGUUACUACUGUGCAUGUGGAUUCUUUUUGUAUGAAAACAUCCAUUUCCUCUGUGUCAUCACUUGCAGACAUGGCAUGCAUUAAAUGUUGAAUGAGUUAAGAGUUUAACUACUUCCAUCAACUAAAAGUAACAGCCUACUUCCCACUCAUCCCGUAUGCCAUUAUGUAUGCAGAUAUAUCAUCUGGGAGGGUUUAUUAAUCAAUAAAAAUACACAGACUCCUUUAAUUGAGCUUUAACUGAAAGGGGCUGCUCACCUUAGUUAUUGACCAGUCUAUAAAAAUAUUUCCUUGGAUAAGAUAAUGAAGCUAAUCAGGAGGGCUCCUAAAUUAUUAUAUGAUAAUAUUUGUGUUUUUGUUCAUCUAUAUAUUGUUAUACCUACGUAAGUAAUUAUAAUUAAGAUGUAAUUAAAUACUUUUGUUUCAUUUAAAAGGCAAUCAAAACCCACGUACCAGAAAAAGUAGGUGAAUAAAACUAUGAUCUAUGUGAACUCCACAGUGCUUAUCAUCACCAGAGAAACGCUUCAUGAUAUUUCUUUGACUAUGUUUAAUAUUUCCAAUGACCUGACCCCUACAGCUUCAUGCUGGAAUACUACGCAUUCCGCCUACGAAUUUGACUUACUUCCUGUACUCUACUCCAUCAUUUUUAUUCUUGGAUUUAUUGGAAACAUCUUGGUAAUAACGGUACUAUGUCUUCAAGGGGAUGUCAAAACUGUAGCUAGCAUCUACAUUCUGAACCUGGCCGUGGCGGACACAUUAUUUUUGACAUCUUUGCCUUUUUGGGCCACGUACUACUCAUUUCGCUUGAAUUGGAUGUUUGGAAAGGCAAUGUGCAAAAUUUCCAGCUCUCUUGUGUCUCUUAAUUUAUUUGCAAGCAUAUUCUUCAUUAGCUGCAUGAGUGUGGACAGAUACUUGGCAAUAGUAUACCCACUUCGUUCACAAAGGAGAACAUUGACUCAAGCAUCUCUUGUGGUAUUUGCUGUUUGGAGCCUAUCGAUAAUAUUCUCCCUGCCCACUUUUUAUUUCCGUAAUAUAUACUAUAUCGAGAGCCUGGGAGUACAUGCAUGUGUAAUGGAUUUUCCCAAAGAAACAUAUGCAACAUGGUGUGUGGCCCUCUCUUUAGUCAAAAUCUGUUUUGGCUUCUUUCUUCCCCUAACCACUAUUGGUACAUGCUAUAUGAUGAUUGCUUUACACCUAAAGAAAUCAAAGGGCCCUAUAAUCAAUAAACAAAACAGAGACAGGGUCUUGAAAAUUGUGAGUGCAAUCGUUAUGACAUUUUUAAUCUGUUGGCUGCCCUUUCAUCUAUUGACUUUUUUGGAUGCCUUACUGCGAAUGGGAAUCAUUAAGGACUGCAGAAUAGAAAAAUCAGUGGAGGCGGCAAUACCAAUCUCUGUAUGCUUAGGUUUUUCGAAUAGUUGCAUUAAUCCGCUUCUGUACUGCUUUGUUGGAAACCAGUUCAGAGAGAAUUUCAGAAACGUAUUUGAUUUUAGACUUUCACAGAGAUUGAAAAAUCAGCACAGCACAUCAAGAAAAGGAAGUGAUCCGAAAGUACAAGAACUAAGUCACUUGAAAAAAGAUACAAUGGUAUGAAAGCCAUUCUGUUACUUGGCUCUAUCUUGUCUAAUCAGGGAGUUUGUAAUUUGCAGUUCUUCUUGAGCCACUGAACUGCAUAUGCAACUAUAUUAGUGGCUGGUUUUGGAUAAUAAUGUGGCUUGAUGUUAUCAGCCAUUGGAUAUUAUCAUGCUCAGACUAGUCCGGAGGUAGUCAACCUUCGGCAUUGCAGAUUUUGUGGACUGCAUCUCUUGUAUUGCCCUUACAGCUAUAAUGCUGGUAAAGCAUCAGGGGAGAUUUAGUCAACAAAAUCUGGAGUACCGAAGGUUGCUUCCCCUGAACUAAUCUGUUUGACUCUUGGUAGAUGUUCAACCAAAGCUUGAAUAAAUGUCUUUACUCAAAAUUUAUUGAAUUUAAUAAUUUGUAAUUUGCUAAACCUUAUAUGUAUUAAAAAACUCAAGCUAUUUAAAGAAAAACUCUAAGCACCUAAUUCACUACAGCCCACUGUAGUGCUUAUGGUGCCAGGAGCCACAUCUCAAAGUAAGUCUCCAAACCAUUUAGGAAUGGUCCAAUAACUUAACCAAGUCCUGCUUGUCUUCCUCAGCCACCUUCCUUCUGUCAGGAGCUCCUGCAAGGAGCUUCCAGUUAUCUCCACUGUGCUACGCCCGGACAUGCGGGGCCAUGAUCAUUAGCUAAGAAUAUCAGCU